AGCCGCUUCGGUUCUCUCGGUGUGAGCACGUGCCGCGACCUCGCUUGCGACCAUGGGCGAGGUUGUCGAGUCUUGGGAGGAUCUCUGCCCCAAGCCGAAGGGACGCAAGAACAAGAAGGAACAGAAGCCCGUGGUGAAGCAGGCAUCAGCCCAGCGCGUGCGCAAGAAGAAGACCGAAGAGGGCGAAUUUCAAGGUGAAGCGCAGCUUGCGCCUGUCGAGCCGGAGCCAAGCCCGACACAUGCGCCCGUGCCUGACGUGCCUCCGCAAGUCAGCCACGUGGUGGAAGUCACCCAAGACAUGCCUCGAGCGCCAAAAGUCCGCAGAGAGAAGCAGUGCGAGAAGCCGAAAGUGGACCCCGACACAAAGUGCAUGGAGUCGUGGGAGGACUGGGAGGAUCUUUGUGACUCCGAGCCUGGCAGCACGGCCUUGGGGGACCACGACAUCCACCAGGACGCGAGCAGUUCCACGCGGUCCUCCCCGGCCUAUGGCCACCGUCCCUCCCCCGUCGUGGCCCCCCCGUGGCUGCUGUGCACCUCCAAGCGCGGCACACAACAGUAUUGCAAGUGAGUGGAUCCGAGGGCUCGAGAUUUUCACGGGGAUUGGAACGU